UUUUGUUACAAAUUUUAUAAGAUUGACAUGAAAACUUGAUAUUGUACAAGUGAUGUAAUUAAACGGUUAAUUCAAUUACAUAUUUAUUUUUUCGAAUGUCUUGCUUUGAGAUAAAUUUUUGCUUAAACUUUUAUCCACGAAACAGUUGUAUAGUUGCGUCUAUUAUCAUUUUACAUGUGCGUGAAAGAUAUGUCAGAACAUAAGAGUAGAUGUACGUAGAAUUGUAGCUGUUUUGACAAUGUAAUACCUAAUGAAUGUAAGCAAUAUUUUUCUCCUUACGAACUCUUAUGUGUGGCAGAAAGGAAUAAAAAGCCGUUGUAAUGUUACGGACAAGUGCAAAUUUGGUUAGUUAGGAUUUGACAGCCGGCAGGCUUGUCGUAAGUGAUUUACGAUCGGUUUUCUAUAAAAAUGAACAGUCGCAGUAGCGUAAAUGAAACGAAUUUGGUGAAUUUCUCGGCGGAGCUGUCAACAUUAAACCAGUUGGAUGCAAAAGAUGGAUUGCUGAGUUUUCCCUUCGAUCACAUAUACGCGUGUCAUUCUCAAAGUUCAGAAAGAAGGCAGCCACUUCUGUUGGAAAAAGAAGUUGAAGUAUCCACGCACUGUGUUACUACAGAAGAGAAAAAGAAUGCAAGUUCUUCUGAUGUGACAAGGCUAUCAGAACAGCUCACUGUUUCUGAAAAUCAGAACAAAAAGCUUAAGGAUCUGUUAAUCUAUCAUUUGGAUCUAAUUCAGCAACAAAACGAACUUAUUAGCAAAAGAGAUAAAUUGUACCAAACACUGAAACAGGAAAAUGAUACACUUAAGGCAAAAUUAAUUCGAAUGGACAGAAGAGUAGGAUUGAGUCAACGGCACACUGUCAAUCCUCCUUUAUACACACCAACUUCAACAAUCACAUCGGGCAUCCUUAAGAACGAACAAGGUGCUUCUCAUAUUAUGUUAAAUAGCUUUACAGAACUACUUUUACCAGAUAAAGGAAAUUCAUGUCUUUUUGAUAACAAUAAACCUUUUGGACAGGGAACUUUCGGGAUAGCAAGAACGACUAGAGAGACAGACGUACCAAAUUACUCGUCAGGUGAUAUAAAAGUCCCGGCCUUCGAUAAAAAACAUAAUUGUGAUAAUUACAAAAUGAUUGACAACAAGAGAUCAAUUAUUAAGAAAGAGGUGAAGACUGAAAAUCGUGCGGAGGCCCUGUACACGGUUACUUCGAACAGCGGCACUCCGGUUAUCCAAAGAAUACAGAGAAAUAGACGAAGGACCUCUGGAAUUGGCAGUUUGAGUCGCAUGUCAAAGACUCCCAAGACGCAACCGACGGAAACAUCCACGUCUAAAAAUAAAACAAACACCGAUCCACCGUAUGAUCGGUCUUAUAGUGUCAACAAAAAGUCGAAAAUGAUAAACACCUACGGGAAGUCAAGGAAUUCAACCAUACCAAAGCGGACGAGCCAAUUCACAGGAUCAUUGUCUGAUAGAUUACGGCUAAUUGACACAACACCUACAGGGGAGGACCCCUAUCAGCUCGGCGAAGCGGAUAUGAGGGAACAGUCGCCGAUUCCAAAACUAAUGUUACAAAAAACCAAUCACGGACGAAUGAAGAUUUGCUCGGAUUCCGGUGAAACUUCGCGACGUAUCUAUGAUAUACCAGACACCAAAACGAAACUGAACAGGUUCAUGUCCGCUUACGAACAAGCCAAGAAGGACCCAGAGAAGACGAUGAUGUUCGAUGAACCAGCUGAUGACAUGCUGAAGGGUGAACCGGAAAUCGAUUGGCGGAUGUUCUCCGAUAAACCUGUGAAUGAAAGCAGCCUCUGUGAUUUUGCAUUUGGGGAGACGAAUAGUAAUUUGUCCUCAAUAAUACCGUCGUUAGACGCUAAUGAGUUUCAGGAAUUGUUCACAUCAGACGCAGCGCUGAAUUUGGAUAACUUAAAUCAAUUGGAUUAUCCAACGGACAAAUUGAUACCUGAAAAGACUAAGAGACGAAACGCGCGUACUACGAGUCUAAUAAGCCCUACAGAUGAAGAGGGCGUAGAAAUAAAACGGGGUGCUCCUAGCACGCGGGGUAGAAAAAGGGCAUUUUCUGCCAUUAGCCUGGGGAAACAAAGUGCAAAGGGGCCGGCUAAACCAAGAGCUACUCGAGGCAAGGCGGCAACUCGAGGUAAAAGAUCCCCUGUACCUGGAAUGAUGACGAAUAAACCAUACCCCACGUUGGUUGGCGAUAAAGAUCUUUCCUGGUAUUUUGGAUUAGAUCCAGAUUUGAAGCUCGAGGACGUCGAUCCUCCAGCGGAUAGCCAAGCGUCUACUGUCGAGGUACCGAGGUGGCGGGAAAAGCCGUAUACAAGUUGUUACACUCUCGAAGGUACAGAGAAUGUCGACGAUAAAGUUUUUGAGAAAAGACAUCAGAAGUUAGAAGCUGAGGAGAGGCGGCAGUUAAGAUGGCACAUGAGGCGGAUAAGGGAGCAACGUCACGUCGAACGUCUACGUUUAAGACAGAGGGAUUCAUGGAGUUCCACAGUGAGCGCGCCCUCCGUGUAUUCAGUAUGGCCAAGACCCCAACAGGACGCCAGGUUUAUCGAGAUAACCAGUGACUUGCCUGUUACGGGUUUUGGCGAACCUUUACCGAAGCUGCCAGAGUCUGACUUCAUGCUGCCAUGGGUCCGGACGUCGAAAGCUUUGAAGAGAUCAAAACGAUCUAAAACUCUUCACUGAGGGUUUGCUCUGGAUUAUCUCAUGGAUCAGCUGAGAAGUUGAUGAAUGUUUUCAAGCCAAGUGCAUGUUUCGUGAUAGUGCAUCUAUGGAACUUCAAACAAUCUAUAUUAAUAAGUAUCAAGGACAUUAUCUUCAUCCUCCUGAGUCCUUGUGGUCAUACGUAACGUAAUGGACACUCGCGUUUAGUCCUGGCGUUACGUCUAAUUACUUGACCAUAACGGCCGAAUGAUCUUCAUGCAGAACAAAUUGUAAAACACCAAAGAUAAAACUAUAGCGGCUUGAUUCAAACGACCUCUAUUUCAAAGUGAGCCUGUCCUCUUUAACAAUGGUAAUUCAUAUAUUCUAAUCGCCUAAAUAGUUCAAAAUUAUUUCGUGUUGAGCUGGCAGAGGUAAGUAUAUCUUAUACAUUUAAAAAUCAAUUUGAUAACGUAUUGCCUGAAUUUUUAUGCUAUCAACAAUAUUAAAACUCGGUUUAUCAUGAAUUUACUUCGUUAAUAAUUACAAUUAUUGGUCUUUAUAAGUAGUUAAAGAUGCCAUGCUUUGUCAGUCGGUUGCGGUUGCAUGAAUGUUUCGUUCGUUUUAUUUUAAAAAAUAUUGAUUGUUUUUAGCUAUGAAGAAAAAGGACGUAAGUCAGAUAACCAAGUCAAAAUAUAAACAUGACGUUACUAACGAAGGUCCUGAGUAUACUGUGUCUGAUCUACAUACAUAUGACCUUGAAGCUUUAAACUCUGAUAUAGGGCGAACGGAACGAAACGUCUACUGAAAAUACAGAGGCAGAGUUCGCAUUAGAAGCUUACGAACGUCGGUUACGUCAAAUCGUCGCGAUUCUGUGUCUGUUAAGAAAUAAUUUACCUGAACACGUGUUCUUUCUUUUUAUUGACACUGAUUAUUACAAAGACUUUUCCUGUAUCUUUAAAUUGAUUUGUUGCUUUCGAGGUGUUUUUGUAGCUUUCUUUAUUAUUUAUUUUAUUAUGGAAUAUAUUAUUUGUUUUAUUUAUGAAACCCGUGCAAACAUUUACUUCGUCUGAAUAUCAGUUAUGAAAUUACGUUUAUAAAAAUCGUGAGUGAUAAUAAAUCAUAGUAAGCGUUUCUAUCUCUCAUGAAGUAUAUAAUCAACUUUGUUUUAACGGCAAAAUUGCCAAAGCAAGGUUCAGGACUCAAGACUUUGUGAAUCAAGUUCUGCAUAAAGUACAUUCGGCUUUUACGGCAGUGUACUUAUAUUUUGCUCAGGUCUCAGGAGUGUAUUAUAAGGAGUAAAGUAUGUAGUCGAAACUAUAAAUGUAUAUUUAGCUAGUGAAUGAUAUUUGCUUUAUAUACAAUUGAUUUGAUCAUAUAAGCAAUAAACUGGUUGCUAUAACAUUAAUUUAAUAAUGUCGAAGUCAAUGAUCUUGGCAGUUGUUAACGUUUUAUUUGUAAUUAAACUAACUACCUUUAUUGUUACUGGUUUACCCAUUAAUGGGUUAAAGUAGGUCCCAGCUUCGAAGGACAAAAAUAUUUUAAGGAAAGAUUUGAAAUAAUUAUUGUUACAAUCGUCUAUAAUUAUGAUAGUCUAGAUGUUGCUUGCGGAUAUCGCUCACGUCGAUAUAUAUUGUUUCGUUUGUGUCGUUUCGUUGAAAUUUAUGCUCUCUUGAUUGCUGUUACUUAUCGACUUUGGUCAC